CGUCCAUAGUUCGUGAUAAUUUAUAGAUUAGCGAUCGACGGCCGGUGACACAAUAUUGUGUUUUCCAUUCGUAUGCGAACUAUAGGCAAUUAUACAGUUUUUAUUUCCUCCCGUUCCGAAGUUAAUAAUUCAUGAUUUAUGCCUAAACCGGAUCCCUGUAAGAAGUUAGCUUGCGCUAUUCAAAAAUGUCUAUCUGAGAAUGAUUUUCAAGAGUCUCGUUGCACAAAACAUAUAAACAAUCUAUUAGAGUGUUGUAAAAAAUAUCACGAAUUUUCACUAGUGUGUUCUGGUAUGAAACCUAAAGCAAUAACUGAAGAAAACCAAAAUAUUAAGGAAUAAUAUGUCAGCAGAUCGGCCAAAUCAUCAACAAUUUUAUCAACAAUUUUCUGAUAGAAAGAAAUUAAAAGAUUUACCAUUCUACAGACGAUACCCUAGAAUAUUUGCAGUUACUGGAAGUACAAUUGGUUUUUUGAUCUUAUUUAGUAAAGGAUUUUAUGAUAUUUUUAAACCAAAUACUGCAGAAGAUAUAAAAAAGAAAUUAGUUAUUGAAAAAAUCAAACAAUUAAA